CAUAGAGUACUCUUUUCCUUGCCUUAGAAAAAGGGGAAAAUCUAUCUGCGAGGCUGCAAACGCCCCCCUGGCCAGCAGCCUCUCUCUGUGUAUAUAAAUGCCCUACCACACCUCCCUGAUCCCCAAAUGUCUCUCCGGCCCCUCUGAAUCCAUCCUUAAAGACUAAACCCUCCAUAAGCCUCCUCUCUCUCUUUCUUCCAGGAGACAGGUGACAAGGGGGAUAGAUACACAACGAUACUCCGCAGCGCAGGAGGAGGACACAUCCUUGAUUUCUGCCAUCGGAGGAGCUCCUGCCUCGGAGAUACACGAAGCUGCUACAUCUUCUUCCAGCUCAAUCGUAUCGACGCUUGCAUCUCUUUUGCUCAGAGUGAUCGUCGUUUUUCACAGCUUGCAGGAAAAAAAGGGCAAGAAAGACUGAGAGCAGCAGAAGAGGAAGAUGAUGAUGACCGAGGUCGCCAAUCACAGCAAAAGGAACCACAAUGAAAGCUACUUCACCGGGAAAGCAGCAGUCACCAGCAGCUCGGAGGAGUUUGGGAGCAUGACAUCCAAGAAGCCGAGGAACACAAGCCCGAGAGACGCUCCCGUCUCCCCGAAGGAGAAGAAGGAUAAGAUUGGUGAGAGAGUGGCUGCACUGCAGCAGCUAGUGUCACCAUUUGGGAAGACGGACACUGCUUCUGUUCUUCAGGAGGCCUCAGGGUACAUCAAGUUUCUUCACCAGCAGCUCGAGGUUCUUAGCUCCCCUUACAUGCGUGCUCCUCCGGUGCCUGGCGCUGCGCCUGAGGAUCCCGACCACUACAGCCUGAGGAACCGUGGCCUCUGCCUGGUUCCAGUGGACCAGACGCUGCAGCUGACGCAGAGCAACGGCGCCGACCUGUGGGCGCCGGCGAACACGACCAGGCGCAGGUGAACGGAGGAACCGGCCUGGAGGCUCGGGGGUCUAAGAGGCCUAGAGGAGGAGGGGAGCACUUUUGUCUGGGGGCGGUGUAGAGUUCCAACUUCCAAGUGUCUGACCCGAUUCAUCAAAUCUCCUAACAAAGCAAAAACUAAUAAGCAAACCGUGUUUCACUCUCGUCGGAUCUCUUGCCUGUAAUAUAGUAGUAGCUGCAACCCUGCCUGCAGGUCGGUGUGAGACCGUGAGAGUGUGCUACUGAUGAGUCUGUGUUAGCGCCGGACAUAUGUGUGUAAUCAUCAUACAUAGCGAGGUGAUAGUACUAGACUACCUGAUGUGCCCAUAUGUGAUAUGUAACUAUGUGUCUCUUCAGUAACAUGAUAGUAGCAGCAUGUUGCUGCUAGCAACCAAGUUCAAUGUGAUUGAGUA